AUGGGGAAGAAGCUUCCGUGCCCUUAUGAGGUUGUGAGCUAUGCUGGUGGUGGCAAUUGCUAUCGGAGUGAAGGGUGGGAACAGUUCCGCGCACGCUAUGCCUCACCUAAAAAAUCCGCUGCACAGGCUCGAAGGAUACACCUUAAUUUUAAAAGUCCUGAUGCACUGGAAGCCGCAGACCCAAUCCUGAAUGCAGUGGUUCAAGACAUUGAUUGCUCGACAUUGAUCCCGCAGAUGACAGUCUUGUCCGGCAGCAUGCAUCCUGAACGACCAAACAGCCUUUUUCAAGGAGAGCACUGGUUACUCAUACGGAGAGGGGCCCGGAAAAGAACCAUGCUUGAUAAUGCGAACAGUGGACAUCCUGAGUGUCACUCUGCUCUAAUCACUCACGAAUUAUCACAACUCAACAUCGACACUGCUGUUUUUAGUAAAGUUCGUGUCCAUAAGGACGGUAGCCUUAAUGAAUAUGGUGCCGGUUACACGCUCUACUGGUCAGGAAAACCCAAAACCGGAAGUUACCUCACAGGAGUUGGCUUCAUGGUUAAAACUCCAUCGCCUUCAAACUGA